AUUAAUUAUUUGCGCCGCAAGCGUCGGCCAUCUCUUAACAUGAGCCCGCGCGCGCCUUUGCUUGCCCUGACCGCUUGCCUGCAGCUCCCAGUUAGUCAACUCCUUGACGCGCUCGCAGCAUGCAAAUGGAGCCCAUAAAAAGGGCCUGCGCCCUCGUUAACAAAUCACAGCCGAACUCAUUCAUUAAUUGAGACUUUUCAACAACGCAGAAGAAAGAUGUCUCCGACGACUCGAUCCGCCCUCUGCUUGAUGGUGGUAUGUGCAGCCCUGUUUCUGAGCGUGGCCGAGGCAAGAAGGAAAGUGAAGUGCCAUAACAAGAAAGCGUAUCCACAUUGUGCAGGAUACCAGUUCUACUGCCCUGACUCUUGCGAACAUUCUUGCUAUGUCGACUGUGAGCUCUGCCGCCCCGUCUGCUCUUGUGACAAGCCUGGCGGUGUGUGCCAAGACCCAAAAUUCGUGGGCGGAGACGGCAUCACGUUCUAUUUCCACGGCAAGAAGGACCGUGACUUCUGCCUCCUCUCCGACUCCGACCUCCACAUCAACGCCCACUUCAUUGGCAAACGCGGCCCCACCAUGAGCCGUGACUUCACGUGGGUCCAAUCCGUCGCCCUCCUCUUCGACGACCACCGCCUCUACGUCGGGGCCCAAAAGACCGCCGCCUGGGACAACGAUGUUGAUCGCCUCGAGAUCAGCUACGAUGGUCAAACCAUCGACCUCCCCGCAACCGAAGGUGCCAGAUGGCAAUCCUCCACUCUCCCCGCACUGUCCAUCGUCAGAUCCCUGGGCACCAACGCCGUCACCUUGGAAGCCGAGGGCAAGUUCAAGAUCACCGCCAACGUGGUUCCGAUCACCGAGCAGGAGUCCAGGGUUCACAACUAUGGAAUCACAGCCGAAGACUGCUUCGCUCACCUCGAGCUAGGAUUCAAGUUCUACUCUCUGACCGAUGAUGUGCACGGUGUAUUGGGACAGACUUACAGAGAGGGAUACGUUAGCAGAGUGAAGAUGUCGGCCAACAAUCCCAUUAUGGGAGGCGAGCACAAGUUCUCGGCGUCUGAACUGUUUGCGCCUGACUGCGCUGUGUCCAGGUUCGGGCGCGCUGGGUCUGGGAUUGCCAUGAUGUCGGAGCUGUCUAGUGUCAACUGUGCGAGUGGGAUUGCGGGCCGUGGGCUCGUCUGCAAGAAGUGAGGGGACGUAACAAGUUGUGAUAACUAUUCAAUAAUUUUAUGUUUGUGUUGUGUGAAAAAGGAUUGCAAUAAGAGCUAAUUAAGAAUAGGCUCAGGAUCGAAGAAUAAUAGAAGAUGCGUUGACAUCCGUAUUUGUUUUAGGUGAAAACGUGGUGCAUUGUUGAAUUUGGAUCCUCUAUUUUUUUUUC